AUAAAUAAUUUUGAAGGUAAAUAAAUAACUUAUACCUUUAAGUAACUGUAUGAAGCUUAAGAAUAUUUUCAAUGAACGACUAGCAAAUAAACACACCCUACAACCGAGAAAAAAUUCUAAAGUAAUAAUAAUGUUACUCCUUAGGUAUGUAUUUUGGUGCCGGUUACAUUUUUUAGGUUAAAUAUUAAUAAAACCUAAUAAUAUCUAAAUGAUAUAUUUUGAAUUAAUAAAAAGUGUUGUUGACGAAAAUGGACAAUAGAGUGACAAUAUACAACCCAGAUGAUGAUGAAGAAGAUAUUAAUAAUGAAAUAUUUGCUGAUAUUCAACCAGUAACUUGGAUGAAUGAUUAUGAGGAUGAUGAUAAUUUAAACUAUGAUCUAGAUGAGAUUAAUAAUUUUUUUCAUAGAGUUGACUCUGAUCAAAUAAUUUAUGCUGAAAAAAAGAAACGGUGUAAAUUAAUUGGUAAAUAUGUUAUGGGCGAUUUACUUGGUGAAGGUAGUUAUGGCAAAGUUAAGGAGGUACUCGAUUCAGAAACAUUAUUUAGACGAGCUGUCAAAAUAUUAAAAAAACGUAAAUUACGAAGGAUACCUAAUGGUGAACAAAAUGUACAAAGAGAAAUACAAUUAUUAAAGAGACUAAAACAUAAGAAUGUUAUUGAAUUAAUUGAUGUAUUAUACAAUGAAGAAAAAGAAAAAAUGUAUUUAGUUAUGGAAUUUUGCGUUUGUGGACUUCAAGAUAUGUUAGAAAGUACGGCCAAUAAGAGGUUUCCGAUAUGGCAAGCACAUGGAUACUUUACACAACUCUUAGAUGGUCUAGAAUAUCUCCAUAGCAAACGAAUUAUUCACAAAGAUAUUAAACCGGGAAAUUUAUUACUUAGCCUUGAUGGUACUUUAAAAAUAAGUGAUUUUGGUGUUGCAGAGGCUUUUGAUAUUUUCGCUGAAGACGACACUUGUACGAUGGGACAAGGUACUCCAGCAUUUCAACCUCCAGAAAUUGCUAAUGGAUGCGAGUCAUUUGCUGGUUUCAAAGUUGACAUUUGGAGUUGUGGAGUUACUUUGUAUAAUAUAACAACGGGUAUUUAUCCGUUUGAAGGUGAUAAUAUUUAUAAAUUGUAUGAAAAUAUCGGUAAAGGUGAAUAUACAAUACCAGACGAAGUAGAAAAUAGUCUGACAACACUGUUAGAAGGUAUGCUACAAAAAGAACCAGAGAAAAGAUUUACACUGCAAGAAAUUCGACGUCAUCCAUGGACUAUUUGUCGACCGGAGCGAACAACUGAUCAAGUACAAAUACCACCAAUUAAAGGCAAUACAGGACAUAAAAUGACCGUACUACCAUAUUUAAUGGAUUAUUACUAUGGGAGUGAUGAAGAACCUAUGUAUUAUACAGCUAGACAGCUAAGUGAGGAAAGAAGACUUGAAGAAUUGGAUGGCAUUAGUAGUGAUCAAAAGAGUGUAUCCAGCAGUGGUAAUACUAAUAAAUUAACACCUAGUAACAGUAAACGACGUUGGCGUAGACCGAUCUCGAGUAUUAGUGUUAAAAAAUUAACUUCUUGCAAACCAUCGUGAUUCAAUUUACUUAAAGUUAACAUUAACGAUUAAUUUUUGUUUGUAACUAUUAUAAUUAGGCGGUUAAAGUUCAUUAAGUUUAAAAAAAAAAACAAAGUGUUGAAUACUCUUUACGUGAGAAAAAAAAAAAUAC